GGGCGCGCAGGAGCGAGGGGCUGGCGGGGGCGCGGCUCAGUCCAGGAAGGGCGGGCGGGAGCGGGAGCGGCUCUGGUUUCAGCGGCGCCCGGGCUGCCUCUGUCCGCCCCUCGCAGCCUGCCUGCCGGCCGAGCCGCGCCCCCCCCCUCCGUCCCAGUCCUGGGGCUGCCGGGUGGACGGAGAGCCCCGCCACGUCGGAUGGCCAGCGGCGGAGAUGCACGAUUAAGGCACCUGUUUGAUGGGGGAGAGGCCUCGAUUCAGCCCCCGCCUGCCUUGGAGGAACCCCAGGGAAGAGCCAGGCAUGGCCCCACCCCUCCUGCUGCUGCUCCUCCUGGGGGGGGGGCUGGGCCAGGGCUGGGCCUCCACCGGCACCCUCGACCUGCAGAUAGACGAAGAGCAGCCGGCGGGCACCAUUGUGGGGGACAUCAGCGCAGGGCUGCCGCCCGGCACCCCCACCUUCAUGUAUUUCAUUUCUGCCCAGGAGGGCAGCGGAGUGGCUACGGACCUGGAGAUCGACGAGAACAGCGGGAUUAUCAAGACCGCUCGCGUGCUGGACCACGAGAGCCGGGACCACUACAGUUUCAUUGCUGUCACCCCGGAAGGGGUCACGGUGGAGGUCCACGUGCAGGUCAAUGACAUCAACGACCACCCCCCCACCUUCCCCAAGCCGCGCGGCUCCCUCCAGAUCCCCGAGCACACACCCCUGGGGAGCCGCUUCCCCCUCGAGCCAGCCUUCGACGCAGACAGCGGCCUGCUCGGCACCCAGGGGUACUUGCUCAAGGGGGGCGAUUCGGGCCAGGCGUUCCGGCUGGAGACCCGCCGGGGCCCCAACGGCGCCCUGCACCCGGAGCUGGUGGUGGCCGGCGUCCUCGACCGGGAGACCCGCUCUGCCCACACUCUGCUCCUGGAGGCCUACGAUGGUGGGUCCCCCCCUCGCAGCUCCCAGAUGACCCUGGACGUGUCCCUCCAGGACAUCAAUGACAACGCCCCGACUUUCAACCAGAGCCGCUACCACACGCUGAUCCCGGAGAACCUCCAGCCCGGCAGCAGCAUCAUGCAGGUCUUUGCCUCGGACGUCGACGAAGGGGACAACGGGGCCGUGGUGUACGAGAUCAACCGCCGCCAGAGUGACCCCGAGCACUACUUUGUCAUCGACGCGGCGACGGGGGUCAUCAAGCUCAACAAGGGGCUGGAUUAUGAGCUGCGGAAGGUCCAUGAGUUGGUGGUGCAGGCCCGAGACAAGGCCGUGCACCCAGAGGUGUCCACGGCAUUCGUCACCAUUCAGGUGCGUGACUACAACGACAACCAGCCCACCAUGACCAUCAUCUUCCUCAGCGAGGACGGCUCCCCCCGCAUUUCGGAGGGAGCCCAGCCCGGGCAGUUUGUGGCCCGCAUCUCCGUGUCAGACCCAGAUUAUGGCGAGUAUGCCAACGUCAACGUCUCCCUGGAGGGAGGGGAAGGCAAGUUCGCUCUCACCACCAAAGACAACAUCAUCUACCUGAUCUGCGUGGACCAGCUGCUGGAUCGGGAGGAGCGGGACUCCUAUGCGCUGCGAGUGACGGCCACCGACGCGGGGACGCCCCCCCUGUGUGCGGAGUCGGCCUUUGUGCUCCAGGUGACGGACGUCAACGACAACCCUCCUCUCUUUGACGCUCAGGAGUACGAGCAGACCGUCCCGGAGGUGGUCUACCCAGGCAGCUUUGUGCUCCAGGUGACGGCUCGGGAUAAAGACCAAGGGCCCAAUGGGGAGGUCCGCUACAGCAUCCUGCACACCCCCCACACCCACUCCCACUGGUUUGCCAUUGACCCCACGACGGGCAUCGUGACCACGGCCGCCCCCCUGGACUACGAGACCAAUCCCCAGCCCCGGCUGACGGUUCUGGCCACGGAUGGGGGGAAGCCCCCGCUGUCCUCCACCGCCGUGGUCCGAGUGGUCCUGCAGGACGUCAACGACAAUGAGCCCAUCUUUGAGAGCACUUUCUACAACACCUCCCUGAAGGAGAACAUCCCACCGGGCACCUGCUUCCUCCAGGUGACUGCGACCGAUGCGGACAGUGGCUCCUUCGGCUCCGUCUCCUACUCGCUGGGCACUGGAAUCAGCAGUUUGGCCCCCUCUGCCUUCAGCCUGGGGGAGGAGGCCGGCCAGCUCUGCACCGCGGAGGAGCUGGACCGGGACGAGGGCGUGGCCACCUAUGACUUCACGGUCACCGCUGUGGACGGGGGCGGGCUGAGUUCCACGGCGUAUGUCAAGGUCUUCCUGGAAGACGUCAAUGACAACGCCCCCGCCUUCUACCCGCUGGAGUACGCCACCAGCAUCAGCACCCAGAGCCAGCCAGGCUCCGCCGUGCUGCGGGUCAGUGCCCACGACAAGGACGAAGGGCUGUACGGGCGCAUCACGUACCAGGUUGCCGCCGGGAACACCCCGUCGCUCUUUGCCAUAAACCCAGACAAUGGUGCCGUUUCUCUGCUCCGGAGCCUGGCAGGCAAAGCCAACACCUUGGUGCACCUUGAGAUUGCGGCCCGGGACGGAGGGGGGCUGACUGCCCAGCCCAACGCUCGGAUCAACAUCAGCAUUGUUGCCGGCACCGUCUCCCCUCCAAGCUUUGAGCGGGCUCAGUACCACUUCACGGUCCCGGAAGACACCCGGCUGGGCAGCAGCAUAGGCGCCGUCUACGCCCACAACCCCCCAGGACACGCAGACGCCGUCUUUUACUCCAUCUCCUCGGGAGACCCGAACGGCUACUUCUCCAUCCACCCAGCCUCGGGAGAGCUGCACACUCGCCUGGCCCUGGAUCACGAGGCCCAGGCGGCGCUCAGCCUGGAGGUCCAGGCCCGCAGUGGCUCCCCGCCUGCGUACAGCAGCGCCUGGGUCCAGAUCAGCGUGGCGGACGUGAACGACAACAGCCCUGCCUUCCUGGUCCCGUCUGAAUCAGUGCUGUUGCCGGAGGGGGUGGCGCUGGGGACGGUCGUGUACACGGUGCACGCGGAGGACCGGGACAGCGGAGCCAACGGGCAGGUGCACUUCCAGCUGGCACCCGGCGGGCCCAGUGCGUUCACCGUCGAGCAUUUCUCAGGUAAGGUGCGCCUGGUGGGAGCCGUCCAGCGAGAGACAAGCGCUCCCUACAGGCUCCUCAUCCUGGCGCAGGACGGGGGGGUCCCUCGGCUGAGUGCCACGUUCACGCUGCUGGUGCACGUGCAAGCAGAGGAUGAGCACGGCCCGGUCUUUGACACCCUCACUUACCGCGUGGAGGUGCGCGAAGGGAUGCCCGUGGGCACACAUUUCCUGCAAGUUCGUGCGUUGGCACGGGAUUCUCACGUGCCCCUCACCUACCACCUGCGUGCGGAUGGAGACGCUGCCAGCUUCGGCGUUGUGCCCAACACUGGGUGGCUGCACGUGCGCAGCACCCUGGACCGGGAGGUGCAGGAGCAGCACAUGCUGACGGUUCUGGCCGUUGCCGGGGAGGGGGAGGGGCGCCAGACGGGCACCACCACCGUCCGAGUGACCAUCACCGAUGAGAACGACAACAGCCCUCGCCUGAGCGAGGAGCGCUACUUCUUCACGGUGGCUGAGAACCAGCCUGCGGGCAGCAGCGUGGGCCGCGUGGCAGCCAGUGACCGGGAUGCCGGCCAGAACAGCCACCUCUCCUACCGCCUGGUCCCACACGAGGGCAACUUCUUGAUCCACACGCAGACGGGGGAGCUGAGCACUCGGCAGAGCCUGGACAGGGAGCAGCAAGCCAGCUACCACCUGCAAGUCCUGGUCCAAGACGGGGGCACCCCGCCACGCAGCACCACGGGCACGGCCUACGUCACUGUGCUGGACGAGAACGACAACGCGCCUGCCUUCUUGCACGUGGCAGAGGGGCGUGAACUGCUCCUGCAGGUUCUGGAGGAGAAGCCGGCAGGGCUCCUCGUUGCUUCAUUGCAGGCCAAGGACCCCGACGAGGGUGAAAACGGGACUGUCUUCUACUCGCUGGCAGGGGCUUGGGCUGAACGCUUCUCCGUGCACGUGGCCACGGGGGAAUUGCGCACGGCCACCAAGUUGCGCCAGGCGGACUGUGGGGAAUACACCUUCACUGCAACAGCGAGCGACCGAGGCGCCAGUCCCCGCAGCACCUCUGCAGCCGUGCGCAUCCAGGUGGUGUCUGCAGCCCGGCUGCUUCCUCGACCGGACACCACGGUGCUGACGCUCUAUCCCAUGGAGGGGCUGCAGCCCGGCUCCGUCAUUGGCUCAGUGGCCUCCCUGGAAUCAGCUCUUCACGGGCAGGCGACCUACGUGUUGGUGGGGGGCAGUAACGGAGAUGGCACCUUCGUGGUGGAUGCAAACACAGGAGAAAUCUACGUGGCCCAAGAGCUGGAUUAUGAGUCUGCCUCCCGGCACACUUUGCAAGUGAACGUGGAAGAUACGCUGCGGGGGUACCCCAGCCAGCGCCUGGUGUUGGUUGAGAUUCACGUGCAAGACAGCAAUGACCACGCGCCGACCUGGCCACAGGACCCUGUGACGGUGGUGGUCUCUGAGAGCGCCACGGCCGGCAUGUCCCUCUUCACUUUCCAGGCGCUGGACGGGGACGGCCCCGGCCCCAACAGCCAGCUCAGCUACAGCCUGCUGCCACCCCCGGAGGCCGGUCACUCCCCCUUUCAGCUGGACGCGCGCAGCGGAGAACUGAGCCUGCGAGGCUCGCUCGACCGGGAGGCCCAGGCGGCCUACCUGCUGGUGGUGCAGGCCACUGACCAGGCACGCAACGUCAGCCAGCGCCGCUCGGCAGCCCUCACGGCGCACAUCUUUGUCAUGGACGAGAAUGAUAAUGUCCCAGAGUUCCUCUCUCCGGCCAGCGCUGCCGUUCCGGAGGACCAGCCCACGGGCUUCCUGGUUCUGCAGGUGCUGGCAAGGGAUGGCGACUUGGGGGAGAACGGGCGUGUCAGCUACACACUGCGAGCGGGGAACAGCGACGGGAGGUUUCACCUCAACCCUACUACAGGAGCCUUGUCCAUCGUCCGGUCACUGGACCGAGAGGAAGUGUCGCAGCAUAACUUGACUGUGGUGGCCACGGACCAUGGCUCCCCGCGGCGCUCCGCCACACAGCUGCUGACGGUGCGGGUGCUGGAUGUGAACGACGAGACACCAACUUUCCAGAGAAACCAUUACGAGGCCAGCGUGGCAGAGAACUUGCCCCCAGGGACUCCCGUGCUGCAGCUGCUAGCGACUGAUCACGACCUGGAGACCAGCGGGCAGGUAUCCUACGGUGGCAUCUCUGGAGAUGACUUCUCCAUCGACCCCUCCACGGGUCUUAUCAGCACCCGGCGAUCGUUAGACCGUGAGGAACAGGCAGAGCACCUGCUGACAGUGUAUGCCCGCGACGGAGGUGUGCCUCCACGCCAGGCCAAGGUUUCAGUGCGCAUCCUGGUGGCCGAUGAGAAUGACCACAGCCCAGCCUUCCAGAGCGACGCGUGUGCCCUGGAGGUGCCAGAGAACCAGAGCCAGGUGGAAGUGAUCACUGUAUGUGCCACGGACCACGAUGCAGGCGAAAACAGCCGCCUCUCGUACCAGCUGACAGCUGGAGACCCUGAGAAAGACUUUGCCCUCAACCCCGUCUCAGGCAAGCUGCACACGACGCGGGGGCUGGACCGGGAGCGGGUGUCGAGAUACGUUCUGACGGUGCAGGCCUGCGACCACGGCUCGCCCCCUCGCUGUGCCAACCUGGCGCUCCAUGUGCAAGUGCUGGACCUGAACGACAACGCCCCCCGCUUUGCUCAGGAGGCCUACGCGGCGGAGGUGCCCGAGGACCUGCCCGUGGGCUCUCUGGUGCUGUGGCUGGACGCUCUGGAUCCGGACGAGGGCGCCAACGGGCAGGUGUCAUACUUCCUGGCCAAGGAGUCUGUGGGCACCUUCCAGGUGGAGCCGGAGGGGGGCCGCCUCACCCUCACCCAGGCUCUGGACCGGGAGCGCCGGGCGACCUACAGCUUCCUGGCCUUGGCAGUGGACUCCUCCCCCCUGAACCCCCAGACUGCUUCCGUGCCGGUCACGGUCACUGUCCAGGACGUGAAUGACCACUUCCCGACCUUCCCACUCAGCCCGCUGGCCGUCACGCUGCCUCGCAACACACCGGCCAAGAGGGUGGUCGCCACGCUGCGGGCCGAAGACCACGAUGCCGGGGCCAACGCCUCCCUCCUCUACCGCCUGGCCGCCCCCUCCCCAGCCUUCGCCAUCAACACCUACACAGGGGCCAUCCAGCUGCUCCAGCCCCUGGCGGCCGUGGCCAGCCAGCGCCAGCGCACCCUGUUUGUGGUGGCCAGCGACCUGGGGCGGCCCUCGCUGUCUUCCACGGGCGUGGUGGUCAUUCACCUGCAGGGUGAGGGUCAACGGGGGGUGCGCUUCCCGCGCAGCAGCAGCGACGUGGCCUUGCCUGAGAAUGCCGCACCAGGUACCACUGUGGUGAGCAUCCCUGCCACGCACACCGCAGGCUCUUCGGGCCGUAUCACCUACAGCAUCGUCAGCGGCAAUGAGAGGGGAGCCUUCCACAUCCAGACUGGCUCAGGUGUGGUUUCUGUCCGGAAUCCUGGGGCCCUGGACUUUGAGGCGAGCCCCCGCUUGCGCCUGGUGCUGCAGGCCGAGUCAGCCGCCUCCUUCGGCUUCCUGGCUGUCCAGGUCAACCUUCAGGAUGUGAAUGACAACCACCCGCGCUUCCAGCUGCAGAACUACGUGGCUUUCAUCCGGGAGGCGCAAGGCUAUGACCUGCCCGUCAUCCAGGUCGUGGCUGAUGACGUAGAUCAGGGCCCCAACGGGCAGGUGACUUAUAUGAUCAACCAGACGCUGCCCAUGAACGGGCUGUACCACAUCAAUCCACAAACGGGCUCUAUCACCACGGCAGCCAUUCUGGACAGGGAGAUCUGGGCUCAAACCCGGCUGGUGCUGACGGCGAUGGACAGAGGGAGCCCCCCCCUCAUGGGCUCGGCCACGCUGACCGUGGUGGUGAUGGACGUGAAUGACAACAGCCCCUCCAUCCCUGCCCCCUGGGAGGUGCGGGUGCCUGAAAACGCCCUCCUGGGCACAGAGAUCACCAUGGUGACGGGCAACGACGUGGACUCUGGCCCGCUGCUCUCCUACCUGCUGGUGCUAGACAGCAGCGCGAGGGGGACCUUCGGCAUCCUCCGCUACGGGGGACGCAUCACGCUGAUGGGGCUGCUGGACUACGAGCAGCGGCACCACUACGCCCUGACGGUGCGCGCCUCUGACUCUGAGCACGAGACAGAGGCCAACGUCACCGUGCUGGUGGAAGACGUCAACGACAACGCGCCCCUCUUCGCCCAGGCCUUGUAUCAGGUGGUGCUGCCAGAGUACACCCCGGCUGGCAGCCCCAUCCUGACCCUCCGUGCCACGGACCUGGACUCUGGCACCAACGGGGAAGUCACCUACCAACUGGCCACGCCCAGCCAUGCUAUGGCCAUCGAUCCUCACAAUGGUACCCUCUUCACCAUGCAGCCCCUCGUUCUGGAGCCCGGAUGCACCACGCUGGACAUUCAGGUGCAGGCCCACGAUCGGGGCUCUCCCAGCCUCUCGUCCUGGACCACCGUGCAAGUCCAGGUGCUGGACGUGAAUGACCACGGGCCUCAGUUCUCGCAGCCCCACUACGAUGCCCGUGUGCCCGAAGACCAGCGCCCCGGCACCACAGUGCUCACCCUGCAUGCCACAGACGGUGACGUGACCCGGGACAACGCGGCCUUGGACUACACCAUCGUCAGUGGGAACAGCGGGCACGCUUUCCAGCUGGAGGGCCAGGUGGGCGGGGCCAGCGCUCUGGUCCUGGUGGAGCCUCUUGACUUUGAGGCAGUGGAGGUCUACAACCUGAGCGUGGCCGUGACCGACCGAGGCGUGCCCCAGCGCAGCGCAGUCGUGCCAGUCGUUCUCACUGUGCUCGACACCAACGACAACCCACCGGUGUUCGGCCGUCCCAGCUACCACAUGGCUGUGAGCGAGAGCACUGUCCCCGGGUCAGAGCUGCUUCGUGUGGCUGCCCAGGACCCCGACUCGGGCACCCACAGCCAGGUGCGCUACCGCGUCAGCUCUGGCGACCCCGGCGGGCUCUUCCACUUGCACCCCUCCACGGGAGCUCUUCGCCUCUCCAAGGGCCUGGACUGCGAACUGCAAGCCCAGCACACCCUGGUGGUGCAGGCCUCAGAUGGCGCAGGCGGGCACUUUGCACUGGCCUCGGUCACCAUUGAGGUCAAGGACAUCAACGACAACGUUCCCUACUUCCCAGUAGAGGUGCUGACCACCACCUUGAGGGAGAACCUGCCUCCUGGCAGCUUGGUCACCACUGUGCAUGCUGUCGACACAGAUGUGGGCGUCUUUGGGGAGCUGCGCUACGCCCUGCUGCGGACAGAGGGACGGGAUGCCUUCAGCAUCAACAGCAGCUCUGGGGCUCUGCGCUCCCGUCUGCCUUUUGACUACGAGCGCAGCAAGGCCUUCCAGCUGCAGGUACAAGCCACGGAUGCAGGGAACGCGUCAGCCACGGUCACCGUGCGUGUUCUGGUGACUGGAGAAGAUGAAUACGACCCGGUCUUCCUCAGUCCAGCUUUCAGCUUUGAGGUUCCUCAGGGGGCACGCAAGGGGCACAGCAUCGGGCACGUGGUGGCCACGGAUGAGGACGAGGGCCCAGAUGGGGUGGUGCUCUACACCUUGACCAAACCAUCUCCCUUCUUUGGGAUCAACCAAACGAGCGGCACCAUCUACCUGCGUGUCGACAGCCAGGUGCCAGCGGGGGGCCCUCCCAAGCGGGAGCCACGGGAGAUGGUGCUGGAAGUCCAGGCCCACAGCCCCCUGCCCGCCUCCCGCUCCGCGGCCGCCCAGGUCACCGUUGACGUCACCCACACCUCCUUCGGGCUGGUGCCUGACCUCAACCUGCUGCUGGUGGUGGCGGUGGCUGCCUCGCUGGGUGUGGUGGUGGUCCUGGCCGCUGUGGCAAUCAUGCUGGCCCUCGUCCGCUCUCGGCAGGGCCGUUGCCGCAAAGAGGCAGACCUGGCCCACGUGAAGAGCGGUUCUUUGCAGAAGCUGGGCCAUGCGGACCCAGCACUGCCGGGCAGAGACUGCCUCUACCACGAGGCACUGCCUGGCUACGGGACAGAGUCUGCCGGGCCCUACGCCAGGGGGGGAUCGCUGGACCCCUCCCACUCAAGCGGUCGUGGCUCUGCUGAGGCGGCCGAGGAUGACGAGAUCCGCAUGAUCAACGAAUGCCCCCGCAUGUCCAGCGUCACCUCUUCCCUGCAGGAGCACCUGGCUGCCCGGGGGCCGGACUCAGGCAUCCAGACAGACGCCGACCGUCUCUCUGACGUGUCUUGCGAGCCGGCCACUCUCGACGCGUCCCACUGGUUCAAGAACAGAAAGGGCCCCGGCCUGCUGCUGCCUGGGCAGCCCCCGCAGCUCUACCGGGACGACGGCGGCGGCGGGGGGAGCGUUGCCUACUUGGGGACCGGCUGCGGCCUCAACAUCUCAGCCGCCAAAGACUAUUCCUUUCCGGAGGACGGGAAGCCGUGCGUGGACGGCUCGCUCACAGCCAUCGUGGCAAGUGACGAGGAGCUCCGGGGCAGCUACAACUGGGAUUAUCUCCUCAACUGGUGCCCCCAGUUUCAGCCGCUGGCCAGCGUCUUCACAGAGAUCGCCCGCCUCAAGGACGAGAGCUCCCUCCGCAAGCCCUUCCCCACCAAACCCAAGCCCCGCAUAGACCCGCCCCCCCUCAUCACCUCUGUUGCACACCCCGGCGCCAAGUCUGUGCCCCCCAAGCCUGCCGUGGGCCGGGCCUUUCCCCACCUCUCCUCUCUCCGGCGCUCGCCCAUCAGUCACGAGGGCUCGCUCUCUUCGGCCGCCAUGUCGCCCAGCUUUUCCCCCUCCCUGUCGCCACUGGCCGCUCGCUCCCCGGUCGUCUCGCCCUUCGGGGUCUCCCAGGGCCCCUCUGCCUCCACCAUCAGCACCGAGCAGUCCUCGGAGAGCCCCGAGGGGGCCGAGCUCCGCAUCUAGGCUGGGCGGAAUGCACUGUCCUCUGCACACUGGGGCAGGCGGCUCACGGGCACCAGGCCUGCUCCUUCUGGAACCACGGGACUCUGACAGGCCGGGGCCCGCCCUCCCUCCCGAGGACUGUGGAGGGUCAUGAACAGCAGCCCCUUUCUGGACCCUGCGGAGGCCUCUCUUUCCAAACGGUGCACUUGCUGAACAGACGACAAGAGGCCAAGGGCCCGGGGGGGGGCAUGCCAGAAGCAGGGGCGGGGGCCUGCACGUGGCACUGUCUCCCUGACACCAUGUAUAGCGGUCACUGCUGGGCUAGCCCGGCUGCCCAGCUCCACCCCUUGUUUCCCCACCGCUGCUAUUCCCUGCCUGCUGUCUUCUGCGACCGGGCCUCUGGGCUGCCUCCUGGAUAGGUCAAGGUGCACUCAGACCACCACAGCCACGGGGCUCCCCCCUAGCCAAAAGCACUCCUGCCGCCCUGCGCUGUGGGAGCGUGUGCGUGGCUAGAACAGGCACCGGCCUGGAGACGGGCGCCUCUUUCACCCUGGGCCAGGACUGGGGCCCAAGAGUGGGUCUGGCAACUUCCACAGCCUGUCUUCGGCUUUCCCUGUACGCCGGGGACCUGUGGCCCCCUCUCAAGCAUGGGGGACACCUUCACGUAGCCCAGGGGGGCUGGUUUCCCCCAGAAAGAGGGCGUCUUGGCCUAACCGCACGUGCCCAGCAGUGUGGCACCCGGACAGCUUGACAGCCAGGGGUGCCCAUGAAAUUAGAGACCCUGCCCUUAAUCUCCAGGCUGCGUAGACCUGCGGCCCCCCCUUUCAUUUUGCUUGAUUCGGGGGGGGGUCCUCCUCCGCAGCCCUCCAGAGCAAUAACCCACCCUCAGCACAGACUAACCUUUUGCAAUGAACACCUCUGCCUCCUUAGACAGCUGGAACUCAGAGCCCACCCACCCACCCACCCCCCAUAGCCAGAAACAAGCAGUGACCCUCCCCUCCCCCCAGUGGACGUUGCAGCGGGCGGGGGGGGGGGGCGGCGAAGCGAAAGGGAGCUGCUGCCAAGACAGGCAGGGAGUAAAAUGGGAGAUGGUUGCAGGAGGCAGGAGAAAACGGGUUUCUGAGGAAGUGCCAUGGAGAGGGCUCGACUGUCCCCCCGGCACCCUCUCCAUGCGCCCCCCCCCCCACACCAGCAGCCCUUUCCCAGCAUGGAUCAGUGCCACGAACACUGGCAAUUCUUGGCGUGUGCUCUGGUGCCCUCACUGGCCAGCCAGAAGUUCAGCAGGCCGAGCCUCCCCCGAGCGCUGCACAUCAGCACGGGGCCCUAGCAUGGGGGUGGGGGGGUGGGCAAGAGCCAGCCCCACCCAGGAACAGGCGCUCAGCCCAGCUCUGCCAGGGGGGGGCUUCUUCACUGUCCCGUUCCGCAGAACCCCACCUGUGUUCAUGUCCGAGGCACAUCCCCGCCGGCCACACGCUCACCCCACCCCCCGCCUGCCCCCCUCCUGCCUCGUGCCCAGCGGUCCAGCCCAGCGGGGACCCCGGCUAUUUAUUGCAAUUUCUUCCCUGAUCCAGUCAUUUGUAUCUUUUUGUAUUGCUGAGGUGCACACGAGUCUUGGGCAUCGUUCACCCGGCCCUCCUUCUUGCGGGGGGGGGGGGGGAGCCCAAUCCUAAGUGCCAACUUUUCUAAGUAAUGCCUUAAUAAACUACACCAUGUUUGUU